AAUACGUCAUUAUGUUAUAAUAAGUUCACUUUAUUUGUGUCAUAACAUGUUAGACCUCCUACUGAAACCAACACUAAUUUGCUUUGUCGUCAGAUGGUGCUGUUUGAUAACCGUCAGUUUCCGUUUUAAACACCAACAGGCGUUUUCCAUCUACUUUUACCUAAUUGUUCCACGGCGCAAUCAAAACGGGUGAGAUUUGGAUCUUAUCUGAAAGUCUUCACCUCAGUGUGCACAUGUGGCAGCCAUUUCAGACAGCGACUGGGGUGAACAGGUUUCAUCCUAAAAAGGGAACGCUUUCUGCUGCAGAGGGACGGAUCUAGAAGCUACAGCACCUGUUUAACGGAAAAGCGAGAUGCUGGAGAAAGGAGGCUGUGAGGGCGGACUGCGACUUCCUGUUGUGGCUUUGUCAUCAGUUUGUUAAUCUGCACACUUCAUGCAGACUCAAAGUGCGGGUGCUCGGGUGAAUUUUGGCACCUCGCAGUUCGGCUCGAAUCCUGAAUCUGCAACUUGUUCGUUUGCAGCGCGGAGGAAGCGAAGCGACGUUCCAGGCUCGAGGCUCCACCAUGUCCACCGACCCGGCGAUGGAGCUGCCGUUCUUCUACGGCAGCAUCAGCCGCUCCGACGCCGAGCAGCACCUGAAGCUGGCCGGCAUGGCCGACGGCCUCUUCCUGCUGCGCCAGUGCCUCCGCAGCCUGGGCGGCUACGUGCUCUCCGUGGUGUGGAACCUGGAGUUCCACCACUACUCCGUGGAGAAGCAGCUCAACGGGACCUACUGCAUCCAGGGAGGGAAGUCCCACUGCGGACCCGCCGAGCUGUGCGAGUUCUACAGCAAGGACCCGGACGGGCUGGUGUGCACCCUGAGGAAGCCGUGUCUGCGCUCGGCCGACACGCCCAUCCGGACCGGCGUCUUUGACAGCCUGAGGGAAAACAUGCUGCGGGAGUAUGUGAGGCAGACCUGGGGCCUGGAGGGGGCGUCCAUGGAGCAGGCCAUCAUCAGUCAAGCUCCUCAGCUGGAGAAGCUGAUCGCCACCACGGCCCACGAGAAGAUGGGCUGGUACCACGGCAAGAUCAACCGGCAGGAAGGCGAGAGGCGCCUGUACUCCGGGUCGCAACCGGACGGCAAGUUCCUAGUGAGAGACAGAGAGGAGUCGGGCACCUACGCGCUCUCGGUGGUCUAUGGAAAAACCAUGUACCACUAUCAGAUCCUGCAGGACAAAUCGGGGAAGUACUGCGUGCCCGAGGGAACCAAGUUUGACACCAUCUGGCAGCUAGUUGAGUACCUGAAGAUGAAGCGUGACGGCCUGGUGACUGUUCUCACCGAGGAGUGUGUUAACGGCAAAGCUGCUGAAAAGACACCGAGUCUUCCUCCCAAUAGGCGUCCUGGCGCAAAUAAAUACACACCGCCACCUCAAGCUGUUGCAGGAGCCUCCAAAGCACCAGAACGCGAGCCUCUGCCCAUGGACAGCAACGUCUUCAACCCGUACCACAACCCCAACGACGUGAAGAGGUUCAACAUCAAGAGGACUCAGCUGCUGAUGGACGAGGUGGAGCUGGGCUCCGGGAACUUUGGCUGUGUCAAGAAGGGAGUCCUCAAGACUGACUCCGGUCAGGUGGACGUGGCCGUCAAAGUGCUGAAGAACGACAACGAGAAGCUGGUAAAGGAGGAGAUGAUGAGGGAGGCAGAGAUCAUGUACCAGCUGGACAACCCGUUCAUCGUGCGCAUGCUGGGCCUCUGCAGCUCCGACAGCCUGAUGCUGGUUAUGGAGAUGGCGUCCGCUGGGCCGCUCAACAAGUACCUGUCCAGCAAUAAGGAUACUGUGACCGUGGAGAACAUUGUCAACCUGAUGCACCAGGUGUCGAUGGGGAUGAAAUAUCUGGAGGAGAAGAACUUUGUGCACAGAGACUUAGCAGCUCGUAACGUCCUCCUGGUCAACCAGCAGUUCGCCAAAAUCAGUGACUUUGGACUGUCCAAGGCCCUGGGAGCUGAUGACAACUACUACAAGGCUCGAACUGCAGGCAAAUGGCCUCUGAAGUGGUACGCCCCAGAAUGUAUAAACUUCCACAAGUUCUCCAGUAAAAGUGACGUAUGGAGCUUCGGCAUCACCAUGUGGGAGGCCUUUUCCUACGGAGGGAAACCCUACAAGAAAAUGAAAGGCCCGGAAGUGAUGCGCUUCAUUGACGCUGGCCACCGCAUGGAGUGUCCGUCGGCGUGUCCAGAGCGAAUGUACGCCGUGAUGAACGAGUGCUGGACGUACAAACAUGAAGAACGUCCAGAUUUCAAGAAGGUUGAGGAGUCCAUGAGGUCCUACCAUUACUCCAUAUCGAACAAAGCCAAGAUUGAGGAGGCUGCAGCGGCCGCUGAGCCUGUCUAGCAGACAGAAACAAGGCCUGUUCUGUCCCAGCACUGCACAAAGAAUCCUUUCAACUUGCCGUUAGACAAGCAAAACAAAGAGCUUUUAAUGAACAGUGGACACUGACCAGCUUCAGCUUCAGCUACAGCGUUGAUACGUCUAAACAGGCCUCAGUGACAAUAAAUGUGCAUUUGUAUGUUGGACUACAGUGUGGCAGCUGGGGAAGAGGAUGUCCUGUGUUUGUGUGCGUGUUGUGGUCUGAAUGUUAAGUGCGAUGCUUUCAUAUUGAUGAGCAAACCAUUCUAGGUUCUGGUUCAUGGAGCAAAUGGUUGAAGUACAUUUUGUGAUCAUGUGUGAUUUCAGAUUUCCUGUUAAUGAAAAAGCAGCAUUCUCAAAACCUCAAAAUCUUUAUCUUAUUUUUUAUGAUGGUGACAAAAGAAAUUUCCUGUUGUGGGAUGAAUAAAGUCUAUCUUAUCUUA